AUGACCUGGUUGACUUUAAAAUCAGAAACAAUCAAGGGCCUUUCGAAAAGAAAAAAAUGGGAAGGUGGUGACAAGAAAGAUCAUACUGGCAUUUCAAAAAAUGUAGAGGCAAAUUGGAAGAAAAAGAUGAAUGGAGGUGAAUCCAAAAUCCAAACAACAACUAGAAGAAGAGGAAAAACUUCGAUUCUAGUUGCUUUAUUUACAGCAACCCUUAUCAUUCCAGGGACUGCCCCUAAGCAGGAGAAGUUGGCUGCCCUUGUCAUUGAAAGCAGAGAUAAUAACAACAAUGAAUACCCCACUCAGAUGAAUCCUCUAAAAUUGUUGAACGCAAUCUCUAUG